AUGAUGAAGAUUCAAGCCUUGCUCAACCCCUUGGCCUCAGAGCGCGAUGAACACCAACAGACGGAGUCUCCAGUUCCAAGAUCCAUCCCUCGCUCAUCCCCAGUUCCAAGAUCCGUCCCUCGUUCUCCUACAACAUCGACGUCUCGGUCCUACACUCCGUCGAACUCAGCUUCGACACGACAAAAGGUGUCAAAGGAUGCCGCAGUCUUCGUCAAGGGGAAGUUCAGAGGCGAGAUAAACUACCCACCGUACGAGGCUGAAGACGACGAAGAGCUUGCCGCCAAGCAGAAAGAACACCAGAUACAUCCCAUGGGGUCCAUUGCGGACUACUGCCGGCACAUCCCUUACAACAGCGAAAAGAAAGAUUUCCUGAUGAAGACUGGAAGAGAAGGCUUUGACGUGUUCCAAUACACCUUCAAGGUUCAUGGCGACGACAAGGAGUACGUCGUCAUGUGGGACUACAACAUCGGUCUGGUCCGGAUUACGCCAUUCUUCAAGUGCUGCAGAUACUCAAAGACCACACCCGCCCGAGUCCUAAACCUCAACCCUGGCCUCCGCGACAUAACGCACAGCAUCACCGGCGGUGCCCUCGUAGCCCAAGGCUACUGGAUGCCCUACUCAGCCGCCAAGGCCGUGGCAGCGACCUUUUGCCACUCCAUCCGAUACGCCCUGACCCCUAUCUUCGGCAAGGAUUUCGCCAACAUCUGCACCCCACCGUCCGACGCAAGCUUCGCCAGCUUCCGCAUCGACGCCGAGAUCGUGCGCCGCUGCGCUGCGGAGGCGAACCGGUGGCGGCUGAUGGGCGUGGGAGAGGCACGUCAGACGCCUGCUCGAAGCACACCGUGCGCGCUUCAGACGCCGAGAUCUGCCUACUCGGGCUCGGACUGGAGCCCGAAGCCUCUCAGACCGCGCGUGGCCAAGGUCACGGAUGUCGAGAGCGGGUACGGCACGGACACGGACCAGAGCGAGAACUACGAGUGUUCGCCGUGCACGAUACCGAAGAGCCGGGGCUGGACGUCUGUCAACCGGUCGGAAUCGCCCAAGGCUGCUAGAGACGCUGCGGCGCAGGGGCUGUCGAUGCUGUGCGAGCCGACGCCGUACUUGUCGUCUGUGCCGGGGUCUUGUGGGGGCAAGAGGACGCUGGCUGAGCUUGAGGGCGAUGAUGCGGAUGAUGUUGUGCCUUCUAUCGAGGAAGUCGGAACGCAACCGACCUCCAUGCGGCCGUCCUUGAUCUCGAUCGUGGAGACUGGAGCCGCGAACAUUUUGAUGUGUCUGAGGGAUGAUGCUGACGCUGCGCUCCCGGAUAGCCAUCGCGACAAGCGAGCCCGCCGGGCCUCGGCCUGA